AUGGCAGCUGAUCCUGCUCCAAAGACAUUCCGCAUUCUCAUGCGUCAUCAUCGCGAUCUAUUUGUGAACCCACUCUUCUGGACUUCUCACCAUCUCGACCUCCUUGGCUGUCAAUUCGAAGACAUCGAAGCCUCCAGCAUAGAGACAACCCUCGACGACAGUGGGUCCAAUAAUGAUAGAAGCCUCAGUAAUGUCGAGUCACUUGCGACCAACCUAUUCAUGGACGUGAAGCAUCGAUGCCUUGUCCGCAUACUAGUUGGUGAGGGUCGCGCAUUUGCAAAAACUCGCAAAGGAUCUCCAUUCUUCUUUGCAGGCCAGCCUGUUCAUCGACCACACUAUACUGUGUUCCACCGCCAUGGACAACCCACCGAGCUCACCCCUAGCCAUUCUCCCCCCUUAAUAGGUUAUCUGCAUUAUACAAAUGUCACCGGAGCUCGUCUCGACCAAUUCGAGCCUCGUCCUGAUCCAAGCGGAAGACUUAAUCUCAUUGGUGCGAGUAUUCGCAAUAAACGAGCGGCUCAGAUAACCCCAACCGAAUGGGCCGAGGAUCCUUAUUUCCUAUGUUCGCGACUACUUGUCACCCACGCACUCGAGGAAGAAUAUAUCCAUCUCUACGAGAUAGAGAUAUCCGCAAGGAUGCUGGCAAUUCUUAGGGAUUCGAACAAUGCCACCGAAGGGGUUAAUUGGCCCAAUAUUCGGCAUGAGAGGAUUCCAUUCAAGCCUUACACAAUAUUCACGGGUCGGAUCGUGACGGAGCUAGUUGCUCCGAAUUUAUCCCCGCCGGAUGAUUUGAAUGGUGUAGUUAGGCACGGUGCCAAACGAGGAUGUGAGCAGGAAAACAGAGAAAAGAACAAGACAAGGCGAGUAUCUUAG